AUGCACUGCGCCAAGAAUUUUUGGAGUCAUCACAGAAUUUCCAGAAUCGUAAGGACAUUCCACCUUGAGAUGAAGUCCCAGCUUGGCACCAUGAAACGGCUGAGUGAUGUCAGAAAAAUCAGGUAUCAACAUGAACGCCGCGAGCCCCUGGAGGCUGGUGGGGUACAGCAAGCUCCCGCAGGCGGUGGUGGCAGCGCUAUCGGUGGUGGGAGCAUGAUGGUGGCAAGCAGGGAGCUCCUGCAGGCAGCCAUGGUGCUGCAGCAGCAGCCCGGGGGGGUGGCGAGCGCUAACCAGCGGUCAGUGACCAUCCGUAGACACCACCAGCAGCAUCAGCAGUGGUCAGCGGCGAUUGCAGACCACCUGCAGAUGCUGCUCAUGGUUGUGGUGGCGAGGGGGGGCUAUGGCGAGCGGCGACUGCCCCCAGGCGCCACUGGCAGUGUUGACAGUGCCUUUUCUCAGGGGGUGCAUGUGCACCUACUUGCACUCCCUAUGCAUUGCCAAUGGACCCCUUCUAUAUAUAUGUAUUUUGGGAGAAUAACCACCUUAAAAAAACUUCCUGUUGCAAAUGAAUUCAGGGAAUUGGGUGUAACAGAGAAGGAGAGAGAUGAAAAGUCUUGCUACUAGCUAGGAUUUUGUAGUGAGACUGCUGAGCAGUACUGAAUACAUGCUUGGGUUGACUGAGCUCUGGUGUCUCCUGAGGGACCUCUGAUGAGGGAAGGCCACACAAAAUGACAGCAGCCCCAGAACUCCAGUUCUGGCAGCUGAAUACAAUUUAGGGCAGUUAAUUUAUCAGUUCUUAUCUCCGCCAGUUAUCAAGAGAGACCGUGAUGGACGCAUUGUCAUUGUCUAGCUCUUAAGAUAUCCGUGACAGA